AUGUCAAAUUGGAUUUGGCCAAUAGAAGCGCUGAAGGUGCCGCUCAAAAAAAUCGAUAAUCGCAAAGAAUUGUAUUAUUCAGGCAACUCCGUCCAUCAAAGCGGGGUUGACGAAGGAGCAAGAGCUGCAGUAUCGUCGAGAAGGAAUAAAAUUGAUUUCUGAAAUAGGAUCCGCGUUAAAAUGGUACGAUUUUACUCAGUAAUCGAUCAGGUUGUAGAAAAGAAAAAGAACCGUUUCAGCAAAGCCAAUCCAACAAUUGCUGUCGCCUCCGUCUACUUUCACAGGUUCUAUAUGCUCCAGAGCUUUCAAUCAUUUCCCAGAGAGGUAAUUAGUUAGUUUUUUUUUAAAAUCAUCUUCAAAAAUUGCAGAUUACAGCUAUCAGCUGUCUGUUUCUAGCUGGAAAAGUCGAAGAUUUUCCCAAAAAAUGCAAAGACGUGUGUCAGUCGGCAGUGGCCCGGUUCCCGGACAUUUAUGCAAAGUAUCCGAAUCUCGUGGAUGACGUGAUGGGGACCGAGCGAGUUCUCCUUCACAGUCUGAAGUUUGAUCUGCAAGUCGACUUGCCGUAUGACGCGCUGCUCGAGUACGGAAAAAUGUUCCCGUGCCUCAGUAAAGAACAAGUGAGAAAUAGUUUUCGGUAACUUUUCAGUCCAAUUAUCUAAUUACAGGUGACCGAUUCCGUCCAAAUAGCGUGGACAUUCCUGAACGAUAGUUUCAACACGACGCUAUGCAUCACGACGGAACCCCAAAUGAUCGCCAUCGCGCUGCUCCACCUCGCUUUCACCGUCAAAGGAUAUCAGCCGGUUCAGCAAGACAUGGAUGCGUGCUGGUGGUCCGUGGACGUGACGAACUGGCCGACGGAAGCAGUCGACAAGGCGUGUCACUUGGUCCUCGACUUUUACGCAGCCACAAAAAUUCAUCCUGUGCUUCAGAGCGGCCGGCUCGCUAACUAUUAA